CAAACACACACACACAUUCAUACACGCAAUGAAGAAACACGCUUACAGCUGAUACACGCUCAAAUUCAUGUUCAUGCUUAUCUGCUUGCAAUGAAGAAUCGCUUUCUGCUCAAAAAAAAAUCCCACAGAGUGAUUUUAAGAUGAUGACAAACAGCUAAAUGACAACUGCUGCAUGACUUUACAGUCUGAUGGGUUUAAACUAUUUCAAUUUACAACAACUUCAGUAAUAAAAUCCUCCAUGUUUCUAAAAAGAUUUGUGCACAAUAUAGGUUUGUCCGGCCAGACUAUAGGAAAACAAAAACAAAACCGGACCAUAGAAAGACUGAAACUGACUGAAACAGACUAUCAAUGACUAUUAAAGGGAAGAAGACUAUUAGAGAGAACAAAUAAUAAUUACUGUACGUACCAGACAAUAAAAGAAAAACUUACUGUGCCUCUGUCUUGCACGACAUCAGACGGCAAGACACUCAAACAUUCAUUUUUGCUUUCAAACUUAUGCCCAGUUAAUUUAUUAGGAAGAGAUCUCAUGUGUAGUUUAGGUAUUUCAGUGAUUUCCACUCCGGAGGGAGUGCAGGUCACAACCACAGACAAUGUGAAUAAUUAUUCCUUUGUUUGUGUUAAUUUCAGCUCAGAGCCGCUGCUCUACUCUUAUCAGUGGCUACUGAAGGGAGAGGCUGUAAACUGAGGCCCUCAUACAGGCUGCUCGACAGCUUGUUUCCUCACAGAAUACGACCUUUAGAGAUGCAUCUGACCUGUCUUGUACAGCACAUGUGUCCACUGGUCCUGAUGAGGAGUUUGAAAAAUCAUGGUUACGCACACAUGCGGACAAACUGACCUCAACCUCUCUUUUUUGGGAUGAACAUAGGUCUGCGCUUGCGAUUUCUCUCACUAACGAACAAGAGAGAUUUGUUGAUGCUUAUUCUACAGAUCCACAUGUCCUUCUGUCAAAACAUGACGGAGACAGAUGGCAGGACUUGGGUCCUUUCGUGGACAGAUGUCAACGGGAAGGAGACUGGCAAACAACUUCCAACCCGAAUGUGAUGUAUUCACCUACUUUGCAUGCUUACAAAAAACUUUUUCAGUCUAACUUUCAUGCGCAGCGUACAGUGCACUUGGUACCACAACAUUCCACACACACUCCACACCACGUGUUUUUGUCAGAGGACGCUCUGACGCAGUAUCCAGCCUUACAGGAAGUUCCAGCUUCCCUGUGGGCCACACACAAAUAUGAUGUAGGUUUGAUCAAAGGAUGUGACCCAGUGGUCAUCACGCCAAAAUCUGACUACAGACCAUGCAAACAGCAAUACCCUUUAAAGAGAGAAGCAAUUGAAGGAAUAACACCGGUGUUUAACUCUGUUGAAAGCAGGAGUCAUCGUCCCAUGUGACAACUCUCCAGUGAGGACUCCACUCUUCCCACUCAAGAAAAUCAGAGACAAAGGACAGCCAACAGAAUGGAGGUUUGUCCAGGAUCUGCAAGCAGUAAAUGCGGCGGUCCAACCACGCGCGCCUACGGCACCGCCCUGCUGCAGUACGUUGACGACUUGAUGAUCUGCAGUGAGGAUCAGGAAACCUGCAAAGCAGACACGAUCAAGCUGCUGAAACACCUGCAUGCUGCAGGCCACAAAGCAAGUCUGUCUAAAUUACAGUUUGUUCAGACUGAAGUUACCUUCCUAGGUCACAUCAUCACCGCUGAAGGAAAAUCCACUUCACCUAAAAGAGCUGAAGCUAUUCAGAACCUGCCUAAACCGUGCACAUACAAACAGCUUAUGUCCUUUUUAGGCAUGUGCUCUUAUUGCAGGAAUUUCAUUCCUAACAGCGCCGUCUUGGAGGCUCCGCUUAGAGCUCUGAUGCAGACGUCUUCUGCAUCCACGACCCGCCUCAUGUGGACAUCUGAGGCUGAACAGGCGUUCACCGACCUCAAACUAGCUCUUCAGUCGGCUCCUACUUUGGGUCUGCCUGACCCUACACGACCUUUCACCCAAACAGUGGAUGAGAAAUCAGGUUGUAUGACCUCUGUUCUUCUACAGGAUCACGGAGGGCGUCCACGCCCUGUGGCCUAUUUCUCUGCUAAGCUUGACCCAGUCGCCGCGGGGCUCCCACGAUGCCUCCGAGCAGUGGCUGCAGCAGAGAAAGCCGUGUUGGCAUCACGUGACAUUGUUGGCUAUUCUGAUGUCACCCUGCUGGUUCCUCAUGCCGUGUCUUUGAUCCUUUUGGAACAAAAAACAUCACAUCUUUCUACAGCCCGAUGGCUUAGAUACAACACCAUCCUACUGGAAAUGCCAAACAUCACUGUCAAAAGGUGCAAUGUGCUUAACCCAGCCACUUUGUUUCCAGGCCCUGACGAUGGUGAGCCUCACAACUGUGUUUCGGUCUUGAACCAGGUUUGCACUCCGCGCCCAGAUCUGUCGGAGGUGCCAAUUCCUAACUGUGACCUCGUUCUCUUUGUUGAUGGCUCUGCCUCUAGAGACCCUGCUUCGGGCCACUGUCAGGUUGGAUAUGCAGUCUGCACCUCUCAUACUGUUUUACAGUCUGGCGCUUUACCAGGACAUUACUCUGCUCAGGCUGCGGAGUUGAUUGCACUGACCGAAGCCUGUAAAUUGUCUGAAGGGAAGUCUGCUACUAUCUACACAGACUCCAGAUACGCUUUUGGCGUUACACAUGACUUUGGUGCUCUGUGGAAACACAGAAAGUUUUUGAAAUCUGAUGGCAAACCUAUCUUGCAUCAAGAUAAGGUUGCUGAUCUGCUCGACGCAAUUCUGUUACCAGCUGCAAUUGCUGUAUGUAAGUGCCCUGCACACACUGGGGGCACUGAUCCCAUCUCUGCUGGAAACGCACGCGCUGAUGCUGCUGCGAAGGCAGCUGCCCGACUUCCCCUUUCCUUUGUUCCCUGCCUCUUAUCCUCCACCUCUACCCAACCUCCCUCUCCUCCCUCUGCUCUCCCUGAUCUUCAGACAUUCUCUACCCCACAGGAACGCAAGCUCUGGCUGACGAAUGGCACCACCAGUAGCCAUGGCGUUUGGUAUGGGCCCGACGGCAAACCUUGCCUACCUAAACACUUUUUCCCUCAUUUCGCGAAGUUGACACAUGGAUUAUACCAUGUAUCAAAGGGGGGAAUGUUAGAUGCUCUUACAAAACAUUGGUACACUAAGGGAUUUUCAAUCUAUGCGCAAAAAUACUGUGAAGCAUGUAUGACAUGCGCCCAACACAACCCAGGUAAGACGACUGCCAAACCACUGGCAGCUCACCCACCACCGGAACAGGCAUUUGACCAUUUAAUGCUGGACUUCAUCGAACUAACGCCAGCAGAAGGUAAAAAGUAUUGUUUAGUGAUUGUUGAUAUGUGGUCAAAAUGGGUGGAGGCCUUCCCAGCUAAACAUGCUAACAGCCAUGCAGUUACCAAAGCCUUGCUGACAGAAAUAAUUCCCAGAUGGGGGAUUCCAUCUAAAAUCAGCAGUGACAACGGCUCACACUUUGCAAACCAAGCCAUUGAGGAAGUGGGAAAGUUUCUGAACAUUGACAUCAGAAAGCACUGCUCUUACCACCCUCAAAGCGGAGGGGCGGUAGAGAGAGAGAAUGGCACUUUGAAAAACAAACUGGCUAAAUGCUGCUCAGAGACUGGUCUCAAGUGGACUCAGGCUCUUCCCAUUGUGCUCUCAUACAUGAGAAUGAGGAGAAGGAUGAGAACAAACCUCAGCCCGUAUGAGAUCCUAUUUGGUAGACCUCCUAUGAUGGGACUCCACCCUGAGACCUAGGAUUUUAUCACCUACUGAAAUGUGCGAAGACGCAAUGCUACAGUACUGUAAGAACUUAUCCUCUGUUCUGUCCCAAAUCUCCAAACAGGUGAAAGCGGCUCUGCCCAAACAGGCGACAGAACCACUGCACAUCAUUCAACCAGGAGACUGGGUGAUCAUUAAGGAGCUUCGCAGGAAGCACUGGAACUCAAAGCGGUGGCAAGGUCCCUUCCAAGUCCUUCUGACGACCAACACGGCUGUGAAGAUCGCAGAAAGAGCGACUUGGAUCCACUCCAGCCACUGCAGGAAGGUCCCGGAUCCGACAGACGACCCUCCAUCUCCAUCUACACCACACGAGAAAACCACCACUGACGAAAAGAAUUGAGAAGGACGACCCUCGCUGUGCUCACACACACACUGAGGCGAGGCUGCGUUGACCGUUCAGCUGAAGGUGCGAGCCAAGCGCCGCCUGAAGCUGCGCCGGUGAAUCACACUAUCAGACCAUACAUCUACACACACGUUCCUGAGAAAACACACACACGAGCAGCCUUGAGUUGCCGACGCUGGACGACGUGUAGACUCUUCACAUCACGGGAGUGACAGUGACAGACGACAUUGGGAGGAAACCUGGAGGUGAUAACGAAUCCCAGGUGUCUCUGUGAUCAGCUGAUCACAACCUGAAGAACCCCAACGAACUGUCAAGGUGUUAACAAACAGGUUGUAAACAAUCUAACGCUACUGUUCAACAGGAAGAAGAAGACAUUGAUUGUGACCCUGUUGUUUUUGAUAUGUUACUCUAAUAUUUGCUCUAAAUUAUGUGAUUGAUUUACAUGUAUACCUCUCUGUGAUUUUAUCCACUAUUCUUAAACAAAGCAUUUUAUGCUUCCACUUGAUUCACACUUACACACAAAUUUUUAUCUUCCACUGACACAAAAUGACAUCCACCAGACGAAACAAGAUAAAAAUGAUUGUCAUAUCAACCAUUGCGGUAACAUGUGUGACCUUCCCGUACUUCUGGAGAACUCACACAUUUGUUCGCUGAAGAUCCAAGCGCGAUAUCAGCGGCGCUUUCGUACCAAAUGACACAAUGCACUACAUUCAGGAAUCCAGAUACCGAUUCACUCAUUGGUUCUGAUGCUGACUCUGUAGAGGAUGAUGUUGACGUUGAUAACGAGGACCACAAAGAUGACUCCGAUGAUGAUGGUAGUGACACAGAGACUGACACCACAAUAGUUUAAACCAACAUAUAACCCUCUUCCCAUUUUUGCUUGACUGAACGUGAUCUGAUUGAUUAUAGGCUUAUGUCCCUGUCUUUCCAAAGCUCAUACACAAGGGUUAUUCUAGUAUAACUACCCACAAAAACAGCUCACAAUCUUUUAUCCCUACGCCAUUUACAUUUUUAUAAGCAAUACAUUUAACGAAUCAUUUUUAAAGAAUGCUUUAUUACUACUAAAUGAAUGCCACGAUUGACAAUUUUUAUUCUUUUAAUGUUUGAUUAAUGUGUAAUCAAAAGGGGGGAAAUGUAAUGGAAAAAUUGUACUUUAAUGCUUUUGUGUUCAUUUCUGACUCUGUAUAGUGACCAUGCAUUCUGUACUUGUUGAUUAGACCCAGAACUGAACAUUCUCAGACAGACAAUCUAUCUCCCUCUCAAGGUGACCGAUUGUUCAUGGCCUGAGUCUGCCUUUUAACCCUGGGCUCUGGCUCCUUUCUGUCUGAUGCCUCACCAGACCCAAGGCUGUAGCCUUGUUUAUUCCCUGUGUAAUAUGAACAUCUUCACCCACAGUGUGAUAAGGAGAUUCCACCAGGUCCAGGGAAAAAGGUUAAAAGGCAGAAGCAACUUGAGGAUCGUGGGCUCUUUGCAUUAUACCUCCGUGGUGUGUGCACUGAUCUCCCCAGCUGGUUUUUGGUUUGUUGAUGUGCACGAUCAACAUCCAUGCUUUUUAUUUGCUUUCCCCAUUAUUUUUAUUUUAUCCUUUCUUUAUUAUUUCAAUAAAUCGCACAAAAGGACAA